AUGGGGGACAGAGUCAGUCUCGACAGAACCGCGGGGACUGCCGAUCCGGUCCCCAUCACGAAACCGCUAGACGACAAUGAGCCAGUAGUGAGCUCUUCCACGGCCAAGCCGCGAACACGAUCUCUUUGGGUAGCCUGGCUGUACAUUUUCGACUGGUAUCCUAGCCACUACUCCAAAGAAGAGAAGAGGCUGCUCCGCAAGUUGGACAGCGUUCUGCUCAGCCUCUGUUGCUUGAUGUUCUUUUUGAAGUGGCUUGACUCCGCCAACAUCAACCACGCAUAUGUUUCCGGCAUGAAGGAAGAACUUGGCUUGAAAGGAAAUCAAUAUUCUCUCUUCGGCACCUUCUACAACAUCGGCUAUCUCGUUUUCGAGAUCCCCUCAAUGAUGAUCAUCUCCCGACCGCACAUCGCACGCUACUAUCUCCCGACUAUGGAGUGCCUGUGGUCAAUCGUCACUUUCGUCCAGUGUCGCCUGCGCAACGAGUAUGACAUCUACGGCAUCCGCUUCCUCCUCGGCGUCCUCGAGACACCCGCCGCCACUGGCGCAAUAUACCUCCUCACCUCCUGGUAUCGAGGCGACGAGCUUUUCAAGCGCGCCGGGGUCUGGUACGUGAGCUCGAAUGUUGGCGCUAUGUUCGGAGGAUACCUUCAGGCCGCCGCGUACAACAACCUGAGCGGCGUUCACGGCAUGUCUGGCUGGAGAUGGCUGUUCAUCAUCGACGGUGUCAUCAGCCUUCCGAUCUCGAUUGCGGGAUACUUUCUCUUCCCCGGUCUGCCUACUAGCCCCAAGGUUUGGUGGCUUACCGAGGCCGAGCAGAAGCUUGCGCAAGCGCGGAUGAGGGAUGAUGGUGUGAAGGAGAGCAAGAAAAUCGGAAAGAGGAUGCUCAAGCGAGUUUUCACCCACUGGCACUUCUAUGUUGCCGUCCUCACUUAUAUCUUCUUCCAAUGUACCUCCUAUGUCUCAGGUCAGAUGGCCCUUUGGCUGAAGCACGAAGCGGACCUAAACGGCACCUGGACUGUCGCUCAGAUCAACACAAUUCCCACUGGUGUACAGGCCAUUGCAAUCGUUGCGGGGGUUCUUGCAACUUCGCUCUGCAUGAUCUACCCAAUUUGGUGCGUCAUGUGCGUCGUGGCUGCAGUACUCUUUUUCGCAAAUCUUUGCUUGUUGAUCUGGGACAUUCCUCUCGGAUUGCACUUUGCCGUAUACUAUAUGCUCGGACUCACGAGCUGUGUUACGCCGAUUCUGUUCCCAUGGGUCAACAUGGUCAUGAAGGACGAUAACGAGGCCAGAGCAUUUACCACAGGUGCUAUGAUGACCUGCGGCUGGAUCUUCUUCAGCUUUUACCCCAUUACCGUCUUCCCUGUCGUCGAAGCUCCCAAAUGGCGCAAGGGCUUCAUCGUCAACACGACGUUCGUGGCAACGUGGUGGGCGCUGUUCAUGCUCGGUCAAUACCUCUGGCGACGUGACAUCAAGUUGGGCAAGUACAAGACGACGACCGAGACGAGCAGUGUUCAAGAAGUCAAGGGGGAUGAUAUGAUGCAUGUUGAGGUGUCCAGCGAGAAGGAAACGAAGGUCUAG